ACCGGAAAAAGGGAAGUGACGUAAUGUAAGGGGCGGGGCUCACCUCGCCAACUUCCUGGUGACGGGACGCGUCGCUAUGGAGACCGGAGCAUUUUCUGGUUACUGUUGCCCGGGAGACAAGAGCCGCUGAGAGAAGCGAUGGACGCCGAGAGCCUGAGCCUGUCCAUGGAGCCGGUGACCGGCUGCGGCCUGAGCCCCGAGCAGAGCGCCGCCCUGAGGACCUCCCUGCUGCUGCUCCGGAGGGACAUGCGGCUCUCCCGCGUCUUCUUCUGGGGCAAAAUCCUGGGGGUCCGGGGGGAUUACUACAUAGCGCAGGGCACGGAGGGGGGCGAGCAGCUGCGGGCGAGGAGGACCUUCUACAGCUUAAAUUGUCUGGAUUGGUGUCUUCUGGCCCCGCCCACUGAUGACAUCAUUAAGGAAGCGCAGCUUAUCAAGGGACGUUUUAUCGGAGACCCCGCCCAUGAGUAUGAGCUGACGGUGCGCAGGAAGGCGGGGGAGGGGUCGGCGGCGCACGAGGAGGAGAACCACGUUAAGGAGGAGUCUCGCCUGAUCGGCACCAUCGCACUCAUUGAUCGAGAGGGCGCGGUGGCGCCUCGUGGAGCGUUCAUCAAGAAUCCGCUUGGACAGGUCAAUGUCAAUCACAGCUUCAGAGGUCUCACAGUCAGCGAGGCUAAAAAGCUGAGCUCCUUCUUCCACUUCACCCCAACCCUGAUCCCAAAGAAGAAGUCAUUGCUGGAGAAGGCCGACCAGGACCCCGCCAUCGACUUCCUGGACUCCCUGGAACACGAUAUCCCUAAAGGUUGCUGGAGUUUGCAGUGGGAGCGCGGUAGCGGCGUGGUGGUCCUGCGCAGUCUCCUGUGGCUGGGAAUGACGUUCUACCACAUCCCUCUGACCCCGCAGCACGGAUAUGUCUACAUCGGCAACGGAGAGCGCAACAUCGACCUGCCCUUCAUGAUCUAAAGGAGCCCCCACCACCCCACCGGGAUCACAACUGUCAUGGCGGACUCAAGCCUUUCCCAGUGGUCAAUGGGACUGAUACAGGACGCACAUUCCUGUAAUAUACAAAACCGUAACAAAUCCCCCAAUAAACCUGCGUCAUUCUUAC